GGCAGUGAGUAUCUCCCACGAAAAAUACAAUAUAAAAAAAAACAAUACCGUCAGCAUAUCCGGCGUGCAGCGAGUUGAUUUACUCCCCCCGGAGUGGUCUGGUUAUUGGGAUAAAAAUCAUCGCACUCGUUACAGAUAGCGGGUUGUCUCACAAUGAUAGAGUGACCAGUGUCGAGAGAAUCGUUGCGAGUGUUAUUUGUCCGUGUUGUGCCUGAAGUGAGAAAACAUAAGUUGUUUUCAACCGACGUCAAAGCGGACCAUUUUAAUGGCUGCAAUGGCUACUCACUCGUAAUUCUGAAUAUAACUCUGCGGACAUUGAAAUUUGCUCGACAAAAUUCCACGAAAAAUCAGUGAACAUCGAUAAAGAGUUAUGGAAAAGGUGUGCACGAGUGAAUCGACUAGUGAAUGCACGAGAGAAUGCUCAACAAGUAAAUAGGAAGGAAACCAAGUAUAGGUUGCUUGAGCAACAACGGCGGUAUUGUAGGAUGUCGACUGCUUCCUCCGAAGCGUCCCCUCUCCAUUAUUUAUCGCGAAAGACUUAUCACUUUGUUCUAUUCGCAAUAAUUGUUCUCCUAAGUCAUUCAAAAUGUGCAAGUGGAAAUUAUGGAGAUCCAUUGGAACUAAGUGGAAAACAGGAUGUUCAGUGUCCAGUGGAGUGUGCGUGCCUCGGUAAUACUGUUGUUUGCAGUGGACUGCAGUUGAUUGCUCCUCCCAGUGGAUUACCACCGUGGACCGAGAUCCUGGAGCUCAAGGAAAACAGCAUAACUAAUUUGGAAUCUGAUGCCUUCCUACAUCUUCACAAAUUACGUGAAUUAGACAUAAGCUCCAACAAGCUCCAAAAUAACUUCACAAUAAAACUGCCCGCGUCUUCGCAAUUGACUAGUCUCAAGGUCAACAAAAACUCACUGGACCGAAUACCGGAUCUGGGCUCCCUCGAAAACCUGACUCAUUUGUCACUCUCACAUAACGACAUUAGUUCUGUAAAUGGUUCGGCACUUAAGAAGUUGGAGGACCUCCAGAGCCUCGAUGUAGCAGGAAAUAGAAUAAAGGUGUUGAGGCGAGGAUCAUUUCACGCUGGGAAUCACCUCGUGAAGAUAAAUCUGAAUAUUAAUCAGUUGGAGGAGAUUGAAGUCGGCGCCUUUGACAACUUAACACUUCUCGAGGAAUUGAGGAUUAACAAGAACAGCCUGACUCUCCUCAACAAACACGUUUUCUCGAAUCUCGGGAAUCUAAAGAUCCUGGAACUGAACCGAAACGAAUUGCAGCAGAUACCAGGCCUGUGUCUGAAGAAUUUAACGAAUCUCCAAGAGCUGAGACUGAAGAGAAAUAAAAUCGACACGAUCGACGACGGGGCGUUCUGGCCACUGAAAACCCUCUUGACUCUGCAACUGGACUUCAACGCCCUGUCAGUAGUCAGGAAGGGCGCCCUGUUCGGAUUGGAUGGCCUCCGAAAACUCACCCUCUCCCACAACAAGAUCUCCACCAUCGAGCCCCAGGCCUGGGAGCAGUGCAAGCAGAUACAAGAUUUAGAUCUCUCCAACAACAAAUUAGUAUCGAUCGAAAGAGGAACCUUCGAGUACCUGACGAACCUAGAACGCCUGAAGAUCGAUCACAACAAGAUCUCCUUCAUCUCAGAGGGUGCCUUCGGCAAUACCCCAAACCUCCGCACCCUCGACCUGAACAACAACAAAAUAUCAGACAUGAUUGAAGACAUAACAGGUGCAACUGGUGCCUUCGUUUCACUCAACGAGCUGUCCCGCCUCGGCUUGGCCUUCAAUCAGAUAAAAUCGAUAAAUCGAAACGCAUUCGUGGGAUUGAAACAGCUCGAUGAGCUAGAUUUACUGGGCAAUAACAUAACGAGCAUUCAGGAGAACGCAUUUACCUCGAUGCCACGUUUAUCAAAAUUAAAAAUGAACACAAUAGCUCUGGUGUGCGACUGUGGACUGCAGUGGUUGAGCGUGUGGCUGCGAAAUAAUCACUACAAUGACGCCAAAGUCCGCUGUGGCUACCCCCAUUGGUUGAAAGGCAUGCACUUGACGCAAUUGCAGCACGCCAAUUUCACCUGCGACGAAUUCCCAAAGCCCAGAAUAACCGAGGAGCCCUCGAGUCAAAUGGGAAUAAAAGGUGGCAAUGUUACGUUGACAUGCAAAGCAACAAGCUCAGCAGACACUCCACUGCACUUCACCUGGAAGCACGAGAACGUGCAGUUGAGCAAUGGUCCCGUUCACAUCGAGGAGAAUUCCAAGGCCUCAGAUACUGGGGUCACAGAAGCAGUAUCAAUUCUCCAUUUAAUCAACGUAACUCACGCUAAUGCUGGGAGAUACCAGUGUAUGGUAUCGAAUACAUAUGGCACUUCCUACUCAGCAAAAGCCAAAAUAAGUGUCUUGAUAUAUCCCUCGUUUCUCAAAAUUCCUCGUGAUAUCAGAGUGACUGCUGGUAGUACAGCUAGAUUGGAGUGCUCAGCAGAGGGCCAUCCAUCACCCCAGAUUGCCUGGCAGAAAGACGGGGGCAAUGAUUUUCCAGCUGCCAGGGAGAGACGAAUGCACAUGAUGCCCACUGAUCCUGUUUUAUUUAUCGUCGAUGUGAAAACUGCUGACAGCGGGGUUUAUUCAUGUACAGCCCAGAAUAUGGCGGGUGUAAUCGUGGCUAAUGCGACGCUGACUAUUCUCGAGACUCCGUCGUUCGUGAAACCCAUGGAGAACAAGGAGAUCGCCGUUGGGGGGUCUGUCGUGCUGGAGUGCAUGGCCAGUGGCUCACCGAGGCCCAAAUUAUCGUGGAGGAAGAAUGGAAGUCCUCUGCAGGCCACUGUCAGGCACUUCUUCACAGCUGAAGACCAAUUGCUGAUAAUCGUUAGUACUGAGCCCAAUGAUGCUGGCACUUACGAGUGCGAGAUGAGCAACUCCUUGGGGAGUGUCGUGGGGGCUUCCAGGCUGACUGUCAAACCUGCGCCCUCGACGGUUGUCAACGAGGACGAUGUACUUGGAUUGAUCAUUAUUACGGUUGUCUGCUGUGCUGUGGGCACCUCCAUCGUGUGGGUUGUUAUUAUUUACCAGACUAGGAGGCAUUUGAAUAUCUCGCAUGGGAGUGGGAGAGGGCCGGGAUCUGGCACACCAGCUUCGGUCCAGAUUGAUGGAACUACUACGCAAUUGUAUCUUGAUUCGAGCUCGCAGCACAGUAAGGACAGUGGCACUGGGGACAGCACUAAUCCGAGCAGCGAUCAGUUGCAGCUUUGUCUACCUGAAGAAAUGGGUCCAUGCAUCGUAAAUACUGAAGAUGAGCCCGCAGUAACUGGUGAAGAUCCACUCCUGAGAUACACAAAUCAUCAACGAAAUAAUGAAACAGACAGUGAGGAUAUGCCUUAGAGCGAAUUGACAAGAUGCGGGUAAAUCCAGAAGAGACUAAAAAAAAGAAUAAUAGUAUUAAUAGAUUAAUCGUCAGUGGAGAUUCUUUACAAAAUAUUGAACGUGUACAUGAUAGCAUCUUUACUGAUAAUCAAUCGAAUAAUUGAUCAGUGGCCUUGCCGCAUCAUCGAUCGCUCAGUAUUAGGUUUAAUGUUAUGAAAAAAAUUAGAUAUACGUAUUCAUGAAUUUUCUGCACAGCUUGGUGAUGUGUCAGAGGGGGACAAAAAGGUUUUGAAAUGUCGUGUAUAAUGUACAUGUAUAUAGAGCAAUGUUAUAAUAAGGCGUACUAUAUUACUGCGGGAUGGCCUAAUUGCCGAAUUGAGGAACCUACACAAUAGUGACAACAGCCUUGUUUUGUGAUAGAAUAUUUAUUCUAGAAUCUAAGUCGACUUCAUUAUUUAAAGUAUUAUUGUAGAUAUAGUACUGAGUUGAGGGUUUUUUUUUAUUUUUACUAAUCACGUUUUUACAUCUUCUGUUCAUAUGGGGGAAAAUGAGGGAAAUUGACACUUUGAAAUUUUUUCCAGCUGUUCAUAACUCGGAAAUAAAUUCAUCAAUUGAUGCCUAAAAAAUAUUUUUUCUCGACCAUUCAACUAGUGAUUGACAGUUGAAAAUAAUGAAUGUCAAAAGUGUCCGUAUCCUUCACUCCCCUAAUGAUGAUCGGUUAUAGUCUUCCUGAUUGUAAUAAAAGCGGUAAAUGUCACGUUUUGAGUGCCCAGAUGAAUCAAAAAGAUCACAAAAAAGUUAUUGUUGGUCAUAUACAGUAAAUUGCUCAUAAAUCAACACUUUAUUUCUAGUAUUAUUACAGCACUCUUAAUUUUUUUUAUCUGA